AUGCCACCAUGGCCGUCCCUCCAGUCGCUCCUCCACGAGCUCCGGGGGCUCAGGCCUCCUCCUUGCCGCGCGCUGCCGCUUCCUUGUCGCCUUUGCCGCUGCGUGGGGCCAGCACCUCCGCCUCCUGCACUGCUUCUCGUCCCAGCCCUGCGCGCCGCGAAGGAGCUGCUCUCCACGCCCGACGACGCCUCCCCCGCCCCCGCCCCCGCACCCAAGUUCUGGCCAUGCUGCUUGCUGUCGUCGAUUGAUCUGCCAUGGCAAGCCGUGGGCGGAGAAGGAAGGAGGAGCGUAAAGAGGCAUUUCAUUUUCAGAUAUUUUACUAUUUCUGCGUGUUACCAAAGGUCCAACCAUGAUGAGCUAUGGUUCAUGAAUAUCAGGGGUAGCGCCUUUCUGUGGCAUCAAGUUCGUUGCAUGGUAGCUGUUCUUUUUCUUGUAGGUCAAGGCCUUGAAUCACCUAGUGUAGUUGAUUCAUUGCUGGAUAUUACCAGGACACCUAGAAAACCUCAAUAUACAAUGGCACUAGAGCUUCCAUUGAUUCUACGAUUUUGUCUAUUUGAUAGAGUCAGCUUCAUGUGUUCAUCUAAUGCCAGUCAGGCUUUGAUUGAACACAUGAAGGAUGAAUACCAUCAGUAUAUGCUCCAAGCUGUCAUAUUUGAUGAGGCUUUGACCUGUUUAUCUAUUCCAGGUUAA